UUUCGCGCUCUCAAACCGGAAGCAGUUGUAUCCUCACAAGCAAGAACAGCAACACGGUCGAAGAAGGGGGCGAAUAAAACGGAACAUUCAGGGACACAGCCCCCGUUUUCAGUCUCAUCGGGGUUCCUGAAAGCCUUUGACACCAUGGCGUCCCUCCUCUUGAAGCACCUGGCUGCCUCCCUGACCCGCCAAGUGGCCCAGAUGAGCAGGUUAAAUGUGACUUCCUCCUCCUCGCUAGCAGCUGGUGCCUACAGGCGUCUCUGCAGCCUCACCUCAGCUCCCCGCAUGCCACUCUUGUCGUCAACCAGAGUCGGCUCCAUCGAGCCCGGCUCCUCCGCUCGGUCUCUGUUGGGACAGUGUCGGCACCUUCCCUGCAUCCAGCCCUCUGCGGGCAUGAAAACCAAGUCUGCCCUGAAGAGGCGCUGCAAAGACUGUUUCAUUGUUCGCCGGCGGGGCCGUUUGUUUGUGUUCUGCAAGACGCAUCCGAGACACAAGCAGAGGCAGGGCUGAAAUGUACAGAUGAGUGUUGAGAAGAUUGAGCUUGUGGAAAUUGAGAAGAACUGUGACUUUGAAAAUAAAGUGUUUUGGCUAAAGGA